ACACAUUUUCGAUAAACUCCGUUCGCGUUUUCGGACAGUCGGACCGGACGUCCGAAAUUCAAUGUACAUUAUACGGACGUCCGGGAAACCACUAAGGUUUUCGGACCGGACGGGCGGACAGAAUUGGACAAAUUUCUGUCCGUCUCUGUUCGGUUGAUACUCUUUCUGACAGCUAAUGCUUCAUAUUCAGUACUAUUCCAACAGCUCAAUAAAGCGCAUAUUAAACCAGAGCUUAGCCAUUAUUCAUAUUAACAGUGUGUUCAGAGAAAAAGUUAUAGCAUUAACGUUUAGAAACGAGAAAUUUAAAGACUUCAAAACCAACCAUGGAAAAUCUCUCAAAACCUUCAAGUGAAGAGAAAACAGCACUAAAAUGGUUCAAUACACAUUUCCUUGAGAAACAUUUGCAAAAUUAUUUCAAUGACAAACAGUUGUCGGUUGCUAGUUUCGAUAUAAAUUCGGGCUCUGGCAAACGGGAUAAUUUUGCCAGCGCUCUCUUUCGACUAAAUGUUGUGAUUAGUAAUGAUUCAAAUUGUUCAUCGACCAAAAUUCUUAAACUUAUUGUGAAAACCAACCUCGAAGCUUCUGGUUGUCUAUCUCAGGCCAUUUCGGAUUUCGAUAUUUAUGGCAAAGAGAUCGAAUUCUACCGAGAUAUUGCUCCGCAAAUACAAAAUUCAUUGAAAAAAUUGAAUGAAAAUUUUCCAUUGACUGCCAUAGCUUAUGGUGUGGAUACGGCGGAGACUGUGAUGUUACUUGAAGAUUUAGUUGAAAGCGGAUAUCGUUUGACUUCCGUACAUGAAGGUUUUGAUGUGGAUGGUGCAAAAUUGGUAUUGAAGAGGAUUGCAACAUUUCAUGCGAUCACUGCAAUUCUUCAGCAAGAAAAUCCAAACAUUUUCAACAAUUUCAAAUAUGGAAUGGUGACUCGUCACACAGAUUCAUACAAUACAUUUUAUACGACUGGACUUGAAAUAAUAAUUGAAAUAACUUCAAAUUGGCCGGAAUUCACAGUAUACACCGAAAAGUUGAAAAAGUUACGCGAAACUUUAAUCGAAAAAGCUCGCUGUACUUUUGAUAUCAAACCGCAACACUUCAAUACAUUGAUCCAUGGUGAUAUAUGGAUCAACAAUCUGAUGUUGAAAUUCAAAAAAAAGCCCACCGAGUUGGAAAUUGAGGAUGUAAUUUUAAUUGAUUUCCAGUAUACAUGUUGGAAUUCACCAGCAAAUGAUUUGCAGUUUUUCUUCAAUUCAUCGCUGAAGGAAUCGUUGCGUCCAAAUUGUUUCGAUGAACUGAUUGAGUACUAUCAUCAGCAGUUGGUGACAUUUUUGAAGCGGCUGACAUAUAAAAAGUCCAUCCCAACACUGGAAGAGUUUAAAGCACAGUUCUACGAGAGAAGUUUCUAUGGUUUUAUUGCUUCAUGCUUCGAACAGCCCGCAAUGACCAGUGAAGAAACCGAAGAAGCAGACAUGAGAUCAUUACUAGGUGUCGAUGAAAAAUCUAUGAACUACAAACGAUCCAUUUAUCGAUCACCUAAAGUUCAAGACAAAUUACGCAAACUCAUUCCAAUUUAUGAUCGCAUGGGAUUGUUUAAUUAAAUUUACAACAAUUGUAAAGUCAAAAAGACAAGGUUCUUCUUACCUUGAAUAUUUUUGUUUUGUUUCAUGUUGCUUGCACUCAGAAAAUUUAAUCUAAUCUUGAGUACAGCUUGCUCUAAUAAUCAAAUAGUCAAUAUAUUCUGAACAGGCAUGACAAACAAAAUAAAUAACAUUUAUCAAAAUAA